UUCUCAACAUUUAAUUCUGUUGAAGAAGAUUCAUUUAUCGUGGUCAAUUCACUGAUUAUAAUUAACAAAUAAUAUUUUCCUCUAUCCAGAUGUUUGAAUUACUUCCGCUUUUGAACAAAAAUGGGGGGUUUCUGUGGGAUUCGCUGAUCGCAUUUGAAAACGGGAAUUUGAUCAACGUUUCCGUUGCUUUAGCAGCCGGUGUGGCGCUAGUUGGUGAACUCGAAGUGAUGAGUUACAAUUUCGAUAUAAUCUGCUUUAAACACUGCGACGAUCGUUCAAUAUUCUGCAGAGAAAUUCCUGGAAGAUGUCCGGUAUGUUCAGAAGUCCUAACGGAUUUCUCACAGACUCCCUUUCAAUUGCCAAGUCCAUUUUCAAAUGGAACUGACAAACCCACGUCUGUAAUCAUCAAACCAUCAUCAGGGAUCUUCCUGGACACCUGCUACACUCCGGAAAACGAUCUUCACAUCGGAAUCGUCGACUCGAAAGGCCGAAUAUUCGAAUAUGAUCAACGGGGCCUGGUCUUCAACGACCUCAGCAACUGGAGACACUGCAUAUCCCUGGACCCAAGGGUUCCGGAAUCCUGGUACGAGCAUUGGGAUAAGAUCAUUAUCGAUUUAUCGAGAAAUCCCCAGUGGAACCAAUCGAAUUAUCACCCAUUGGAGUUCAACUGCUUCGAUUUUGUACUGGAAUUCAUAAAAAAUCUUGGUUGCAACGAUUUUUAUUAUGGGAGCAAAGAAGAUAUUUGUAGGGAUCUCAUCAUACCCAGGAUGAGGGAGUCCCUGAGAUACAUAUCGAUUCAUAAUAAUUUAAGGGAAACCAAUUACUAUAUUCCAUAAUAAAUAGAAAAAUAAUGUGAAAAUUUUGAAUAUAUGCUGAAGUUCUGUCAAAGGGAAAAGUCUCUAGCUACGUCCCACGUGAUUAACAGAAAAUAAUUAAUUUUCUCUGGCUGAGAAACAAUGAGUUAUAAUUUUAUAAUUUUAUGAUCAAUUUGUAUAAAUGAAAUUGUAUGAUUUAGU